AUGCAAUUCCAAACCAUAAAAGAAGAUGAUAUGAAAGAAUCUUCUUACCUAUAACUUUAGUAAUAAGGUAUUAAAAGAUAUUUAAUACUUCUAGUUAACGAAUCAAAAGCACAAAAAGCAAUAUAAGAGAUGAAAACACUAUAACAUAUCUGGUUUAGUUGGAUUACUCAAUAAUAGACAGGAUAAAGCUUAACAGAAGAAAUGAUAAAAAAAAACGAUUCUAUUGAUGUAGAAUGCACUUAAGAAACUAGUGUAUUGAUUUUUAUAUAUUAUAUCAUAGACUGUUGACAAGAAUACUUUACUUAAAAAGUUUUUUGAAACGCUGAAAUAGAGAAUGAUUGAUGAUAAAAUAUAUAGUACAUUCACAUAAACAUAAACAACCUAAUUUUUUGAAGAAGUCACAACUCAAAUUUAAAACAAAAUAAAACUCUAUGAAGACAUAUAGAAACUAAAAUUGUUAUCAAAUUACCCAAGUAUAAUCCAUUUAUAUUCAUUUCUUAGUUAAUACUAAAAGGACUUACUCUAAAUCAGCUAAUAUGAUACUUAAAAAAUGGUUAAUUGAAAACUAUAAUAAUCCAUAUCCAAAGCAAUAAUAAGUUGAAUAAUUAGUUCAAUAGACAAAUCUCACCAAUAAAUAAGUACAUUUGAAUCUCUAUUAUAUAAAGGUCUUAAAUUGGUUCAUUAAUGCUAGAAAUAGCCUUAAAAAUAAAUCUUCUUAGGAAAAGAAGUUCAAACAAGUUGUUGAAACUAAAUUUAAAGAGCUUGCUAUCUAAAAAAAAAAGAAAUAAGAAAAAAGUAUUUGA